AAAUGCUAAAAAAGUGCUGUCAGAAACUAUGGUUGGUUAGAAACAUCGACAUUUAGUAAUAGACAUGCCUUAGCGGUCAGAAUUGUGGUACAACAAAAUAAAGAGAGAAUGAGGUUUCGGACAAUAUCCAUCUCUCUCACAAUAGUGUGUGAGUGUGUCAUGAAGGAGAUAACACUAGUCCGAAACCAAAUCUUCCUCCCUUUUCGAGCCAAGAAAUUAUUACAACGACAUACGGUUGAUGCAGAAAUUUCGAAAAAGUCAUAGCCGCUGCUCGAUAUAAGUGCAUCGAUACGAUUAACAGGAAAAAGUGAUGGAACCCUUAAAUGUAGAUCUGGUAGAGUUCUAUCCUAUUGAUAAUUCUAAAAACAAUCGCACCGAAGAAUACGAAUUGGUAAAGAAUAUAGAAAUUCCAACACCGGUACUUAGAAGAGGAGAAGAAUUUUAUUUUGCCGUGAGAUUUAACAGGGAAUUUGACGAAGAACAAGAUGUAAUAAGGGUUAGUUUUGGAUUUGGGCCUCAACCAAACAUCUUCAAGGGCACCAAAGUCAUAUUAACCCUUCUUACUAGACAAACUCAGUUUCUAAAGGAUACUAGAAGGUGGGGAUUAAUUUUAUCAAGAAAUGCUGGAGAUACUCUUAUUAUGCAGGCCCACAUUUCAUCUGUUGCUCAGGUGGGGAUAUGGUCUUGCUCCAUUCAGACUGGAAUAAUAGGAAAUAAAGAAAUACGAAAUGAGUACAAGUGUAAAGAAAACAUUUAUAUUCUAUUUAAUCCAUGGUGUAAGGAUGAUCCUGUACACAUGGAAAAUGAAAGUGACCUAGAGGAGUAUAUAAAAAAUGACACUGGUAAAAUUUGGAUGGGUACAUAUAGAAAUCCAAAAGGAAAACCUUGGGUAUUCGGUCAAUUUGACGAAGUUGUUCUACCUGCUGCAAUCUUUCUUCUGGAAAAGUCUGGUUUACCACAUAUGGACCGAGGUUCUCCAGUGUUAGUAACGAGAGCAAUUUCAGCAGCGAUAAAUGCCAAUGACGAAGAUGGCUUAAUUGUGGGAAGUUGGACUGGACAGUACCAGGAUGGUACAUCUCCAUUCGCUUGGACCGGUUCCGUUUCCAUAAUGGAAGAAUUCUUUAAUAAUAACGGCCGUCCUGUUCGUUACGGGCAAUGUUGGGUUUUUGCAGCUGCAACAGUCACAAUAUGCAGAGCGUUAGGGAUCCCUUGCAGAUGUGUGACGAACUAUGUUUCAGCUCACGACACCAACAGGUCACUUACUGUUGAUAGAUUUUUCGACCUUUAUGGAAAUAGAAUAGAAAAUGGCCCUGACGGUCUUUGUAAUGACAUGUGCUGGAAUUUUCACGUGUGGAAUGACGUGUGGAUGGCCCGACCAGAUCUUCCAAUAGGAUAUGGAGGCUGGCAAAUAAUUGAUUCAACACCUCAAGAAAUUAGUGAUAAUAAAUUUCGUUGUGGUCCAGCUUCUGUUGAAGCUGUCAGAAAGGGAGAAGUAGGAUACUCCUACGAUACUCCUUUUGUUUUUGCAGAGGUUAACGCCGACAUCUGUCAUUUCCAAGAGGACGAAAGUUCUGACUGGGGGUUUUCGAAGUUAUCUGUUAAUAAGUAUCAUGUUGGUAGAAAGAUAUUAACUAAAAGUCCCGGUAAAACCGAUCAAGAAGGCGAUUCUGACAUCUGGGAAGUAACAAAUUUUUAUAAAAAUCCAGAAGGUUCUGAAGCAGAACGUUUGGCAGUAUUCAAUGCUAUAAGGGGAGUUCCUUUGGCCCAGCAAUUCUAUGAUAUCCCCAGCGAAAUAACAGAUGAUGUAUUUUUCGAUUUAGUCGAUAUCGAGGUGAUCCCACUGGGUCAAAAUUUUGAUGUUGUGGUCGAUAUCCAUAACAGAUCAAGUGAAGAAAGAAAUAUCAGUGCAAUGAUAUCGGCUUCUUCAGUGUAUUAUAAUGGAGCAACUGCACACAAUAUUAAGAAAGCUCAAGGUACAUUUAUAGUAGGUCCCGAGGAAAAAGAGACAAUGAAAAUACAUAUAUCACCAGGAGAAUAUCUUAGUAAGUUAGUUGAUCAUCACUUGGUGAAGAUAUUCGCAAUAGCAAAUGUGCAAGAAACUAAGCAAACAUGGAGUGAAGAAGAUGAUUUUAUGGUCGCAAAACCUGCACUCAGUAUUGUAUUGAAGGAUUGUGGUCCUAGGGUUGGUGAUAGUUGCACUGUCGUAUUAAGUUUUAGGAAUCCAUUGGAUGUCCCUCUCACGAACUGUACUGUAACAAUAGAAGGCUCGAGUGUCAAGCCCAAGUCGUUUGCCGUUAGAGAUAUUGAACCCAAAGAAGUGAUAACUAUUGAAGAAUCGAUUGUACCAAAAAGUGAUGGAGAAAAAAUGCUAGUAGCCAACUUCACAUCGAAUGAAUUACAAGGUGUUGAAGGAACAUUAGGCCUUGUGAUUGAUCCGUAGGUAUUAUUGUCAAAAACAGUAUUAUUAUUUUUUUU